AUGGCAAAAUCAAGCGACAACAAGCUUAGAGCAGUCGUGGAUAUCGUUACGGAUGGAGAUGUUAUCCUAGUCGUUGGGCCACAGAAGGCUAGACUGCGUGUUCACUCGCUGACCCUCAAGGAAGCUUCAGAACCGCUUUCUGCCAUGCUAGGCCUCAACAGGAAGGAAGGCGAUGUUCUACGUGAAAAAUGGCCUCUUGAGCUGUUACUACCCGAAGACAAUGCGAUGGUGAUGGAGUAUAUUUGUGCAAUUAUACACCAUCCAAACAACAUAUUGCCUAGUACGAUGACUCCGCAUGGCAUCCUCGAAGUGGCAAUUACGGCGACCAAAUACAAUUUUGUGGAUGCUUUAAGAUUUGCAAGCAAAUCUUGGCUACAAACUCGUAAUGUGAAAGCGGAUGAACUCAUGGCCCUUACUGCUGCUGCAUAUGCAUUUCAGAAUGCACAAGCUUUCAGGGAUCUUACCAAAGCAUUGAUACUUAACUACGGGGACUCUUACCUUGCUCUUUCAACGGAACGUAUCGAGUCUGUAAUGAACUGGAAAGUAUUCUGUAAGGUCCUUAUCGUUGAUUCCACUGGCUCAUAG